AUGGCGGACAUGUCUAAUGAUGUUAUGUUUCUUGGCUUCACUAUUGCAGCUACCAGCACGGAAGCUCCAACUACAACUGCAAGUCCAACUACAGCAGAACUUACCACAACAACAACGCUCACUACAACUGAGCCUACCACAACAACACUCACUACAACUGAGCCUACCACAACGCUCACUACAACUGAGCCUACCACAACAACAAUGCUCCCUACAACUGAGGCUACGACAACAACGCUCACUACAACUGAGCCUACCACAACAACACUCACUACAACUGAGCCAACCACAACAACGCUCACUACAACUGAGCCUACCACAACAACGCUCACUACAACUGAGCCUACCACAACAACAACGCUCACUACAUCUGAGGCUACCACAACGCUCACUACAACUGAGCCUACCACAACAACGCUCACUACAACUGAGCCUACCACAACAACAAUAACUACAACUGAGCCUAUGACAACAACACCCACUACAACUGAGCCUACCACAACAACGCUCACUACAACUGAGGCUACAACAACAACAUUCACUACAACUGAGCCUACCACAACAACGCUCACUACAACUGAGCCUACCACAACAACGCUCACUACAACUGAGCCUACUACAACAAUAACUACAAGUGAGCCUCCCACCACAACAACACUCACUACAACUGAGCUUACCACAACAACACUCACUACAACUGAGCCUACCACAACACUCACUACAACUGAGACUACCACAACAACACUUACUACAACUGAGCCUACCACCACAACAACACUGACUACAACUGAGCCUACCACAACAACACUAACUACAACUGAGGCUACAACAACAACAUUAACUACAACUGAGCCUACCACAACAACACUGACUACAACUGAGCCUACCACAACAACACUGACUACAACUGAGCCUACCACAACAACACUGACUACAACUGAGCCUACCACAACAAUACUCACUACAACUGAGGCUACAACAACAACACUCACUACGACUGAGCCUACCACAACAACACUGACUACAACUGAGCCUACCACAACAAUGCUCACUACAACUGUGCCUACCACAACAACACUUACAACAACUGAGACUACUACAGCAUUUACUACAACUGAACCUACCACAACUCUUACUACAACUGAGCCACCUACAACAACUGAGCUCACCACAACUCUUUCCACCACUGAACCCACCACAACAACACUCACUACAACUGAAACAACUGCAACUCUUACUACAACUGAACCUACUACAACAAUCACUACAACUCAGCCACCCACAACAACUGAGCCCACCACAACUAUGUCUACUACAGAACCCACCACAACACUCACUACAACUGAGCCUACCACAGCAACACUUACCACAACUGAGCCUACCACAACAAUGCUCACUACAACUGUGCCUACCACAACAACACUUACAACAACUGAGUCUACUACAGCAUUUACUACAACUGAACCUACCACAACUCUUACUACAACUGCGCCACCUACAACAACUGAGCUCACCACAACUCUUUCCACCACUGAACCCACCACAACAACACUCACUACAACUGAAACAACCACAACUCUUACUACAACUGAACCUACUACAGCAAUCACUACAACUCAGCCACCCACAACAACUGAGCCCACCACAACUCUAUCUACAACUGAACCUACCACAACACUCACUACAACUGAACCUACUACAGCACUCACUACAACUCAGCUACCCACAACAACUGAGCCCACCACAACCAUCUCAACUACUGAACCCACCACAACUCUCACAACAACCGAACCUACUACGGCACUCACUACAACUGAGCCAACCACAUCUCUCAUUACAACCGAGCCACCCACAACAACUGAGCCCACCACAACUCUUUCUACAAUUGAACCCACCACAACAAUACUUACUACAACUGAACCUACUACAGUACUCACUACAACUAAACCUACUACAACUACACUGACCACAACUGAAUCUACCACAACAAUGCUCACUACAACUGAAGCUACCACAACAAUGCUCCCUACAACUGAACCUACUACAACACUAACUACAACUGAAGCCACUACAACAAUGCUCACUACAACUGAACCUACCACAACAAUGCUCACUACAACUGAAGCUACUACAACAAUGCUCACUACAACUCAACCUACUACAACACUAACUACAACUGUACCAACCACCACAACACCCACUACCACAAUGUCCACUACAAUGGAACCUACCACAACACUUUCUACCACUGAGCUUACCACAACAACAAUGCUCACUACCACUGAACCUAGCACAACCACAAUGCUCACUACAGUUGAACCCACCACAACACUCACAACCACUGAAGGUACUACUACACUACUUACUACAAUGGUACCUACCACCACACUCACUACAACAGAACCUAGCACAACACCUGCUACAACUGUACCUACCACAACAAUGCUUACUACAAGUGAAACUACGACAACACUAACUACAACCGAGCCUUCCACAACAAUGCUCACUACAACUGAACCUACCACAACAAUGCUAACUACAACAGAACCUACAACAACAACACUCACUACAACUGAGACUUCCACAACACCCACUACAACUGAACCUACCACAACAAUGCUAACUACAACUGAGCCCACCACUGUGCUCACUACAACUGAACCUACCACAACAACAACAUCCACUACUGAACCACCAACAUUUACAGAUAUAACUACAGGAAUGGGAAUUGUUGAACCACUUACUCAGACAGGUGCCGCACUUAUUGUUUCUACUACUGUAGCACCGGCCAUAGCUACUUCUGCAACCAUGUCAGAAACGGGAAUGACCACAGGAAAUGCAAAUAUUGCACCACUUACUAAUCAAGGAAUCACUUUAAUUCUUCCAACUGUUAUUACUACUAUAGCAUCAUCCACUACUGAGGCAACCACUACAACUAUACCUACUUCAACAUUUACAACUGAACCUACAACUACUGCAGAAUCAACAACUGCACCAUCAACUACUGCAACCACUACAACUGAACCUACCACAACCAUGCUCACUACAACUGAACCUACCACAACCAUGCUCACUACAACUGAACCUACCACAACAAUGCUCACUACAACUGAACCAACCACAACAAUGCUCACUACAACUGAACCAACCACAACAAUGCUCACUACAACUGAACCUACCACAACAAUGCUCACUACAACUGAACCAACCACAACAAUGCUCACUACAACUGAACCUACCACAACAAUGCUCACUACAACAGAGCCUACCACACCAAUGCUCUCUACAACUGAACCAACAACAACAAUGCUCACUACAACAGAGCCUACCACAACAAUGCUCUCUACAACUGAACCUACUACAACAAUGAUCACUACAACAAAACCUACCACAACAAUGCUCACUACAACUGAACCUACUACAACAAUGCUUUCUACAACUGAACCUACUACAACAAUGCUCACUACAACAAAGCCUACCACAACAAUGCUCACUACAACUCAACCUACUACAACAAUGCUCUCUACAACUGAACCAACUACAACAAUGCUCACUACAACAGAGCUUACCACAACAAUGCUCACUACAACUGAACCAACAACAACAAUGCUCACUACAACAGAGCCUACCACAACAAUGCUCUCUACAACUGAACCUACUACAACAAUGCUCACUACAACAGAGCCUACCACAACAGUGCUCACUACAACUGAACCAACCACAACAAUGCUCACUACAACUGAACCAACCACAACAAUGCUCACUACAACUGAACCAACCACAACAAUGCUCUCUACAAUUGAACCAACAACAACAAUGCUCACUACAACAGAGCCUACCACAACAAUGCUCUCUACAACUGAACCUACUACAACAAUGCUCACUACAACAAAACCUACCACAACAAUGCUCACUACAACUCAACCUACUACAACAAUGCUCUCUACAACUGAACCAACUACAACAAUGCUCACUACAACAGAGCCUACCACAACAAUGCUCUCUACAACUGAACCUACUACAACAAUGCUCACUACAACAGAGCCUACCACAACAGUGCUCACUACAACUGAACCAACCACAACAAUGCUCACUACAACUGAACCUACCACAACAGUGCUCACUACAACUGAACCAACCACAACAAUGCUCACUACAACUGAACCAACCACAACAAUGCUCACUACAACUGAACCAACCACAACAAUGCUCUCUACAACUGAACCUACCACAACAAUGCUCACUACAACUGAACCUACCACAACAAUGCUCACUACAACUGAACCAACCACAACAAUGCUCACUACAACAGAGCCUACCACAACUAUGCUCUCUACAACUGAACCUACUACAACAAUGCUAACUACAAUUGAACCAACCACAACAAUGCUCACUACAACAGAGCCUACCACAACAAUGCUCUCUACAACUGAACCUACUACAACAAUGCUCUCUACAACUGAACCUACUACAACAAUGCUCACUACAACAGAGCUUACCACAACAAUGCUAACUACAACUGAACCUACCACAGCACUCACUACAACUGAACCAACAACUGUUGGACCAGUUACUCAAACAGAAGCUGCACGUAUUAUUUCUUCUACAGAAACAACAACUGUAGCAAGUACAACUACUGGAGCAAUUACUGCUGAUACAGAUAUUACAACAAGGAAUUCAAAUAUUGGUGCACUUACUCGUUCAGGUCCCACUCUUGUUCUUCCAAAUGAUACAGCUACUACACCAUCUGCAGCCACUGGUCCCACUACUUUAUCUACAGCCGCAAAUACUGACAACUCAGCUGUUACUACUGGGAAUUCGAACAUUGGUGCACUUACUGGAUCAGGUCCUACUCUUGUUCUUCCAAAUGAUACAGCUACUACACCAUCUGCAGUCACUGCAGCAGUCAAUUCCCCUUCUACUUUAUCUACAGCGGCAAAUACUGGCAACUCCGCUGUUACUACCAGGAAUUCAAAUAUUGGCGCACUUACUAGAACAGGUCCCACUCUUGUUCUUCCAAAUGAUACAGCUACUACGGCCUCCACAGUAACUGGCCCCACUACUUUAUCUACAGCCGCAAAUACUGGCAACUCUGCUGUUACUACAGGGAAUUCUAAUAUUGGCGCACUUACUAGAACCGGUCCAACUCUUGUUCUUCCAAAUGAUACAGCUACUACGGCCUUCGCAGUCACUGGCCUCACUACUUUAUCUACCGGCGUAAAUACUGGCAACUCCGCUGUUACUACAGGGAAUUCAAAUAUUGGCGCACUUACUGGAUCAGGUCCAACUCUUGUUCUUCCAAAUGAUACAGCUACUACACCAUCUGCAGUCACUGCAGCAGUCAAUUCCCCUUCUACUUUAUCUACAGCCGCAAAUACUGGCAACUCCGCUGUUACUACCAGGAAUUCAAAUAUUGGCGCACUUACUAGAACAGGUCCCACUCUUGUUCUUCCAAAUGAUACAGCUACUACGGCCUCCACAGUAACUGGCCCCACUACUUUAUCUACAGCCGCAAAUGCUGGCAACUCUGCUGUUACUACAGGGAAUUCUAAUAUUGGUGCACUUACUGGAUCAGGUCCCACUCUUGUUCUUCCAAAUGAUACAGCUACUACUGCCUCCGCAGUCACUGGCCCCACUACUUUAUCUACAGCCGCAAAUACUGGCAACUCUGCUGUUACUACAGGGAAUUCAAAUAUUGGCGCACUUACUGGAUCAGGUCCAACUCUUGUUCUUCCAAAUGAUACAGCUACUACAGCCUCCGCAGUCACUGGCCCCACUACUUUAUCUACAGGCGCAAAUACUGGUAACUCUGCUGUUACUACAGGGAAUUCUAAUAUUGGCGCACUUACUGGAUCAGGUCCCACUCUUGUUCUUCCAAAUGAUACAGCUACUACGGCCUCCGCAGUCACUGGCCUCACUACUUUAUCAACAGCCGCAAAUACUGCUAACUCUGCUGUUACUACAGGGAAUUCUAAUAUUGGCGCACUUACUGGAUCAGGUCCCACUCUUGUUCUUCCAAAUGAUACAGCUACUACGGCCUCCGCAGUCACUGGACUCACUACUUUAUCAACAGCCGCAAAUACUGGUAACUCUGCUGUUACUACAGGGAAUUCUAAUAUUGGCGCACUUACUGGAUCAGGUCCCACUCUUGUUCUUCCAAAUGAUACAGCUACUACGGCCUUCGCAGUCACUGGCCUCACUACUUUAUCUACCGGCGUAAAUACUGGCAACUCCGCUGUUACUACAGGGAAUUCAAAUAUUGGCGCACUUACUGGAUCAGGUCCCACUCUUGUUCUUCCAAAUGGUACUACAGUGAAUACAAAUGUUGGCGGACAAACUCAAACAGCAGGCCCUCUUUCUCUUUCUACAACUACUAAAAAACAAUCAACUACUAUAAGACAUUAUCUGGGAUACCCAUUUGUUAAUAUUGCUGCCAUGGAACAAUUUGAUGAAGACUUGCCAUUCUGGGGCAUCAUCCUUAUUGCGCUGGCUGUCAUAUUGGCAUUCGCUAUGCUAUUAGGGUUUCUUUUUUCGAUUCUGGCCUGCAUACGAAUGUCAACUUGUUGCAGAAAGAACAGAACCCAGGAAUGCUAUCAGGCCUACCCAGGCUACGACACACACUAUGGAUGUUGGAACCGUAAUCAAGCAAUUCAAGAUCCAGAAGGUGGAGCUCCAGGAGAAUGUAUUCCGAGGCCGAAUAUUAGUAAUGAAUUUAGCUCCAGGCCACAAUGUGGGGAGAACCCCAAUUGAUUGGUCUAAACUGGACUUGGCACUUGUUGCAAUCAUGAGUACCGGAUAAAAAGCAGGGGCUUAAGAAGGUCAUUGUGGGCUGUUAAAAUUAAAUAAAUAUUGGUGGCACUAGCCAUAAACGUUUACACUUCCUCAGCUUCGCAGGUAGGCUUCAGGCUGAUAUUUUUCCUGCUUUGGAGUUUACAUUGACAGCCAAGUAGAGAAAAAAAUAACUUUCCACAAAUGAGGACUAAGAAAGAUCUGCUUGAUGGACCAACCUGGACAGGUUUAGUGGUAUAUUCAGUCUAACAAGCUUUCUUCUCAAAACCUAGUCAUCAUGAUCUAGAUUAAUACCUCCAACCUCGCUCUAUUCCAAUGGAAAGACAAAUCAGAUAAUGGCCGAUAUUGGUGGUGGUACCCAACCUCAACAAGUUAUUCAACCCACAGUUCAACAGUCUAUUGGAACCUGGCAAAUAUAAGUGUAUCAACGCUUACUAGUUUGGGCCUACCCAUCUCUGGUUGCUAAUAUGUUUACAACAAUUCGGCAUAUAGCUAUAUCUCGUAUUGAGCAAAGAUCACCAACAUUAUGAGGCUAAAACAAAGUAUAGUAGA